UCACCACAUAGGCCAGGAUGGUCUUGAUCUCGACUUCGUGAUUCACCCGCCUUGGCCUCACAAAGUGCUGGAAUUACAGGUGUGAGCCACAGUGCCCUGCCACAAACACUCUUCUUUUGUCUCCACAGUUCUGUGAGAUUGCCUGAAGCUCCGCUGCUAUCCUUACAGGUGGUCCUUUCUUUGGCUUCCUCAAGAAACAGUAAAACAGCAAUGCCUGGAAUUGUUGGCUGCCUUCAUAGCUAUCUGAUACUUUGUAACGGAGGCAUGUUUGUGUGGUGUAUGGGUGUGUAUGUGUUUAAAAAUCUGCUUUUCUCAUUCUUAAUAGAAGCUGAGGUCUGCUAUAAGCUACUUACACCUGGAGGCAGAAGUCUAUGUACUUCUUAAACAGUUCAGUAUAAUUUAAGUGAUCAUUGUCAUCAUGUUGGUUAAGAUGCUUGAAUUAGGUAUUCUGCCUCUUAAGAGAUCUAAUAGGAUUGCAUGGUCUCUCCAAAAAAUCUUUUAAAAACACGUUUUUUUAUUCAUCAUUUAUUCUUAUUUUUUAAAAAGCCCAAAAGAGAGAGUAGCCUCUGCCCCAUAUUAACUUCCUAUGAAUAAUAGUUUUUAUUGUUUAGGACUUUGAACUUUCCAGAAUGUUUUUACCUAUAAUAUUCACCCCACAAAUAUAGGUUGUAUGACUUUUAUAUCAUUUUAAAAAGAUUUUUAUUUUUUUUUUGAGGCAGGGUCUUGCUCUGCCACCCAGGCUGGAGUUCAAUGGUGCGACCACAGCUCACUGCAGCCUCCAUUUCCUGGGCUGAAUGAUCCUCCUGCCUUGGCCCCCCAAAGCUUCCCAAAGGCUAGGGCACUCUGCCGAUAUAUCCUUGUUUUAUAGAUGAUGAAACCAAGAAACAUACUAAGUAAAUGGCUUAAAAUCAAUCUAAUUUUAGGCAGGAAUAACUGAAAUCAGGCUUUCCAACUCCUAGCCCUUUCCAAUACUUUAAAGUGACCUUGAUUCAACUGUGUAUACAUCGUGGACCUGUAGUCACAGCCAUAAGUUUAACUUUAUAAUAUUGCUUGUAUCGUUAACUCUGUAAUUUUCUAUGAAGGAUCUUUCCAGUGGAAUGGGAAAUGUGUGCGUCCUCUGAGAGGCAAACCUACAUGCACUUGGGCAGGUGCACAGGUGGACCUAUAUUUUCAGCCUACCCAUUCAGUCUGAAUAGGAAGGAAUCAUGCUAGUCUGAUUCCUGGGUGCAGAGCAAUACUGUACACAUCCUGGUGUGGUUGUUGGCAUCUUAAACAGUGUUCCCAUGCAGGUAAGUGACAAGAAAAAUACGUGGCCUUCAUUUCCUGGUAUAUCAUAGCCACGGAGUCUUAGAAUAUUUCUUAGCAUCCAAGUUAAAAGCUGGAUCACGCCCUCCAAAUAUUCAUUGCUCACUUCCGGGAGUGGGUUGUACUCACUUCUAGCUCUGUUCAUGAGACACUUAAGUGGGAUAUUCCUAGCCUUCUGCCCACUUAUAUGCCCGGAAUACAGUUCCGGGCAUUCCAGCCUCACUGCUGUAUAACCAGAGGCACGGAAGCUGCAGCUGUCAGGAUCUUAAUCCCUUCUGCUUGGACUCGUUACCAGUAUGUACAGUAGUAAACUGUGUGCUUUGGUGCUAGCCCUUCAGUCACUACCAGAGGUCUCAGCAGCAAAAACAAAAAUUGUGGAUGAUGUGUUUUAACCUUCCAGAAACUCAGCUAAUAGGUAUGUCCAGGCUUUCCAUUUAAAUAUCAGCCUGAAGGCAGGCACGUAUAAUGAAGACCUGUUUCUUUAAUGGAAGAGAUCUAAAUUGGGAGCAAAGCAUGUGACCAGUUUUGCUAUCGUUUUAGCUAUGUAGCCUCAAUGACAUAAUUUAACCUUGGUUUUCCUGAUUUGCAAACUGUAGGGAAAAUAAUAAUGUCUUCUAACUUACUGAAUUCUUCAGUAAAAGAAAAUGUGGUGGCUGUGAAAAGUGCUUUGGGUUUCUUGGAAGAAAGGAGUGCUAUAUUAAUGCACAUUUUCAGGAAAUGAUAAAGAAAACAUCAAUGUAUCGCCAACCAUCCUUUCAUUACUUGGACUCAGAAGCUCAAGAAGAGACCAGAGAAGACUAUGAUGACAAGCAGGUGGUCACAGAGAUCAUGGCAAGAUGUUUUAUUCCGACUGUGAUAACAAAUAUUUCCUGGGAAAUCUUUCAUUUUAUUGGUCAUGAGAUUCGAAUUACUGAGGCCAUGGAUUGUUAUGGUGCUGUUGUUUGGCCAUCGAGUUUUUCUAGCAGAAAUGUUGACUCUCUCAGAGGAUGUAGUUUUGUUGACAUUUUCUGGAGUGAUGUACAGGCCCUUGUUCUAUGCUAUUUCCUGGAAACAAAUGCAAAGCAGUAUAAUAUGGUUGACAAAAACGUGAUUGAAAUUGGAGCUGGAACAGGGCUAGUCUCCAUUGUGGCAAGUUUACUUGGUGCUCAUGUGACAGCCACAGAUUUACCCGAAUUACUUGGAAACCUGCAAUAUAAUAUUUCCCGAAACACAAAAAUGAAAAGCAAGCAUUUGCCGCAGGUUAAAGAACUCUCCUGGGGUGUAGCGUUAGAUACAAGCUUCCCCAGAUCUUCUAAUAAUUUUGACUAUGUUUUGGCAGCAGACGUGGUCUACGCUCAUCCGUUCUUGGAAGAGCUCCUCAUUACCUUUGACCAUCUGUGCAAAGAAACCACCAUCAUCCUCUGGGCCAUGAAAUUCAGGCUGGAGAAGGAAAAUAAAUUUGUAGAUAGAUUUAAGGAGUUGUUUGACCUGGAGGAAAUUUCCAGUUUCCCCAGCCUGAAUAUUAAGUUGUAUAAAGCUGUGAAGAAAAGCCAGAGGAGGAUAUGACAUCCUCGAUGAGGACAUGGAAAUGCUAAGGCAAUUUUUAGCAGAUAAUCACUUUAAAGAAAACCCUGCAUAAUCUCCUGUGCCACUGAGAUUCCCAAGGGGAAAUACACAGACACACAUGCACACACAUACCCCACUAUGAGAAUAGAAGAUAGUUUCACAAAUUUGCCUCACCUUGGGCAGUAAUUUUUCCAUAUACUGCACGUGAGUCUGUAGGACUAGUUUGUCCCUCUCAGCACCCAGGCCGUGAGCCUGCCUUCCACUCAUGUAGUAAUAGGGGCUCUUGACCAAGUCACACUGUGUCGUCAUUGCCUGCUCUCAUUCCUUACAUCACAAUUUAUUAUUUUAAUCAAUGGUGCAAUUAUUAUUUUUAAUGUAUAAUCACAAAAUGAUAGUUUUUAAUGAUAUCUCUUCAGUGAACAUUGUUAUUAAUUCUUUUAAAUAUAAGCUUAUGUGAUUCUUUCUUUAGAAAUGAGGAAAUUGACUACAGUGGUAUCUGCAAAUAAAUCUGAACAGGCAGAUACAUAAUAUAAUGGUAAA